AUGGGUGUUAAAUACAAAGGCAAAGCAAAGAUCCAAGAUUGUAACUUGGGAGUUUACAGUAUGGGCAUCGGAAAAGAGAAGGAGGAUAGGAGAAGUGGAUGUUACAAAGGAAUUCGGGUUAGAAAAUGGGGGAAAUGGGUGUCUGAGAUUAGGCUCCCUAGAACAAAAAUACGGCUUUGGUUGGGGUCGUAUGAAACUGCAGAAGAAGCAGCUCGAGCAUUUGAUGUGGGGAGCUAUUGUAUUCAUGGUCCUCUUGCAAAACUCAACUUUCCCAACUCUCCCACUCUCUUAAACAUCCCUCCUGGCAUUCAUCUCUCUCCCCAACAAAUCAAGGCUGCUGCCAUUCAAGCAGCUUCUGCAAAAUCUCUACCUCGUUCUCCUCUUGGAGUAGAUGAUGAUAAAAAAGAUGAGUUCUCUUCUUAUGUGGAUUCAGAGUUUGAAUCGCCUGAACACUACCAAAUGAUGAGUAAGUUUUUUGAGUCUCUUUUGUGGGGAUCCCCUAACGAUCAGGUUUCCAGUACCAUAUAUAUUGCUGCAUAUCUUGGCGUUGUAUUGUUGAUGGAUUGUGUAAUACCUUAUGAUCAUGGUAUGGAGAUGAACUGCUACACUCAUGAAUUCUCAGAGCAUUUAGACGGACUGUGGAGCUUGUGA